AUGAAUCCUUCUCCCCAUCUUCACCAGAUCAUUGGUGGUAAUGCCUUCAACGCGACGAUGGACCCGGCGGACGGAGAUAUAGCAGAAAAGGCCACAUGCACGACGUGCCAGUUUAGUGAAGACUUCUCUAACUACUGGACAGCUGUGCUGUUCUUCCGCGCACGCAACGGUUCCUAUCACCGAGUUCCUCAGCGGCCUAACGUUGGGUUCGAAGGCGGUAAUGGCGGCAUGACAGUCUACUACAUGCAAGACGGCCUGGCCACCUUUCAGCAGACAUCACGGGUAACAGCCUUCAAGACAGGGUUCCGCAUGCUGGUGGGCGAGGCAUCAGCUCGGGGCAAGGAAGAGGCCAAGAGGUUCCGGCAAAUCACGUACACAUGCUUACAGGAUCUGUACACGCGGUAUCCUGAGACGCUAGAUUUCCCCAAGCAGCCAUGCCCGGAGGGAAUCAUGGCCAACGUGCGCUUCCCAACUUGUUGGGACGGCAAGAAUCUCGAUUCCCCGGACCACAUAAGUCACAUGGCGUACCCAGAAUCCGGAACUUUUGAGAGUGGGGGGCCGUGCCCAGCAUCUCAUCCCAUACAUGUACCACAACUUAUGUAUGAAACGAUCUGGGAUACACGUCAGUUCAACCACAAGGAUAUCUGGCCAGAAGAUGGCUCACAGCCGUUUGUGUGGUCGAUGGAUGACAGGACCGGAUAUGGCUCUCACGGAGAUUAUGUCUUCGGUUGGAAGGGUGAUUCGCUUCAGCGUGCCAUGGAUACGGCAUGCUAUGUCAACUGCCCAGUGCUCAAGACUCAAAGCAUCGCCGCGAUGAACAGGUGCACUCUAUCGAGUGCCAUCGAUGAGCCAAUUGACGACUGGCUGAAAGCUUUACCGGGAUAUACGGAGGCGAGGAAGCCGAAGAAGUGA